CUGCUUGUAAACAGAAGCUCACACGUGACAUCGAGAGCCGAUGUGCGUCGCUCGACGGCAUUGUCUGAGAGCGGACAAAGAGCUGCACAUUCAGACAGCGCGAGCAUCGGGCAGGUGAGCGGCCAGGUGUCAUGGCAACGGACAUUAGCUGCAGCAAUAUGAGGCCGACCUCUCUCCUUCGAUUAGACCGCGGUGUCCGAGUACGUUUGGCUGCUUGAACUUCUUCAUGUCGGAAUCCCAAAUCCGACCAUUUGGAGGAGGGACAACGACGUUGGCUGCGCUUUCGGCCGCUCACACGCAACAGACAGCGGGUUAACAAAGCAAGAAAGCCUUUGUGUCAUCUCUUAAUCUAGCUCGUCGGUUUGUUCGCUGUAGCUCCGCCAAAUCUUACUUUAUGGUUUUUUUUUUAAAUGUGGGGUCUGCUGUCGGUGGCUACGAGUAGCAUUUAGCCUCGACAUCAGGGAAGAUUUUUUUUCUCUGGCUAACGCAUAUCUAAGUGUCUUUUUUUACUGGCUGGAUGAGAUGUCAUUCAUCAUGGAGGAUAACUUGGAGUCCGGAUGGGUGUCCGUCCGGCCCAAAGUCUUCGACGAAAAAGAGAGACAUAAAUUUGUUUUCAUUGUGGCCUGGAACGACGUCGAGGGAAAGUUCGCCAUAACCUGCCACAACAGAACCGUGCAGAGACGGAGCACUUUACUGGACGUCGACUGUGGCCCAAACGCUGGGCUUCCUCCCACCGGUGCCUGCGUGGCUGAAAAACACACAAAAAGUCCCUUCACGGCGAAGAAAGAUGGAGUCUGCCAAGUGGGUAAAGUUAGACCGCACUCUGUCCCCAAAGGGAAACCCGCAACAAAUGCUAACGCAGACAGGAAGACUUUAAAAGCCGGUAGUUCAAAGUCAUAUGAGUGCGUAAGUCACACUUUAGGGUCAUGGGACGUUGUGACACCCAAGAUAACGGAUAUGGAGAUCCUGGAGCCAGUGGAUGUCAUGCUGUCUCCGGAUGAUGCAGACCCAGGUGACAUCGAGGCCAGUAACCGCGAAGACUUCAGCUGGGCUGGACUGUUCUCCUUCCAGGAACUGAGAGCAGCCCACCUCCAACUAUGCGCCGUCAACUCGGACCUAGAGCCUUGUUUGCCCUCUUUCCCGGAGGAGCAGUCCGGCGUGUGGACUGUCCUUUUCGGUCCGCCCGGGAUGUCACAGCGGGAGACGGACGCCCUGUGCUAUCAGUUGCAGGUGUACCUGGGUCAUGCCCUGGACACCUGCGGCUGGAAGAUCCUCUCACAGGUGCUUUUCUCAGAGAGCGACGACACCGAGGAGUACUACGAGAGUCUGAGUGAGCUGAGGCAGAAAGGCUAUGAAGAUGCUCUGGAGAGGGCCAAAAGACGCAUGCAAGAGGUGCUGGAUAAACACAAAGCGAUGGACAGCAUGGUGGAACUGCUGCAGGUGUACCCGGAGGAGGACGAAGUGUAUGGAGAGCUGCUGGAAGCCACAACUCAGCUCUAUCACUACCUGCUUCAGCCCUUCAGGGACAUGAGGGAACUGGCAAUGUUGCGCCGACAGCAGAUUAAGAUUUCUCUGGAGACUGAGCGACUCGGCCCUCGUCGUGUGGAGAGCCUGAGAAAAGAGGACGAGGAGUGGCAGAAGAAGGCUCACGCCGCAGUGCUUUCCAUUCAAGACCUGACUGUCAAGUUCUUUGAAACCACAACUCGAUCUCAGAAAGCUCUGUACGAGAGGAUGCGAGCUGACCAGAGAAAGUUUGGAAAGUCAGCGUGGACAGCGGCGGUUGAACGCAUGGAGCGGCUGCAGUUUGCCGUUUCCAAAGAAACUCUGCAGCUCAUGAGGGCCAAAGAAAUCUGCCUGGAACAGAGGAAACAUGGCUUGAAGGAGGAGAUGCAGAGUCUACAGGGUGGGGAGGAUGCCAUGCUUCGCCUGGACCAGCUGGAGGCGCUGUACUAUGAGUUACAGCUGCAGCUAUAUGACAUUCAGGCCGAGGUGCUGCGCUGCGAGGAGCUGCUGCUCACUGCCCAGCUGCAGAGUCUGCGCAGGCAGAUGACAGAACGACAGGAUGAGGUGGUGUACUACGAUACCUUUGAGAGUCCUGAUGCCAUGAAGGGUGUAGAAGACCCCACGACCCCACCGUCACCCCUCAGAGAAGAAGAACUCUGCGCCCUGCAGCAGAGGACCCGGCAGCUCGAGGCCCGCAGGGGCCGCAUUACUGCCAAGAAAGUCUACCUCAAAAAUAAGAAGGAAAUCUGUAUCAUCAAUCACAACCAGAAGAUACAACAGCGCCAAGGUAGCCACAUUGACAGCAAAUCCCUGCAGGAGCUGCAGCAGGGAGAUGAAGAUGAUGAAGCUAAGCGAAAUGCCAGAGUGAGUCAGGAGAGGCAGAGGACACUUGACAGGCUUCGCAGCCUCAAACAGAGGUAUCCAGGCCAGGUGACUCUGAAGUCAAGCCGCCUGCGCCUGAGUCAGACUCACAGUCGGAGGCGUGCUGGGCAGCAGCCUAGCACCCAGGCUGCCGGCGUUCAGACCGACUGCAUCUCAGAUCUCCCAGAACUCUCUGCUCCUCUCCCGCUGGACGCGUGCGGCUGUGACAGCGUCUCUUUACCUGCAGUCGACCUCCAAGGCCUCGAUCCCUCGCCUCCCUUCCUCUCGCUGCCCCCCCUCUCAGCCACGCCGUCAAACUUUUCACUGGGUCCCCCUCCCCCGCCUCCACCGCCUCCUCCUCCUCCCCCGCCUCCUCCACCACUUCCCACCUCAGAGGACGACCAGCAGAAGAACCUCACAGCCGUCACGCUUCAACACCAGAAAGGCGAGUCUGACUCCACCUCGCUCCCGCUGGCUCCAUUUUCCCCUCGAUUCUUUGACAGCAGCCAGCUGUUAACAGCGAGGAAAAAGCUGCGGAAGACGGCUUCUCUGGACUCGUCGCAGUGGAGGAGAGCGAGCUCUCCCAUGGAUGAGGUGCUGGCCUCACUCAAGCGGGGCAGUUUCCACCUGAGGAAGGCUGAGCUGCGGGUCUUGGGCCCGGAUCCGGAUGACGACAGCAACAAUAUCCUGGCUCAGAUCCGACAGGGCGUCCGGCUUAGGAAGGUACGGACCAGACCGGAGCAGCAGCGUCAUCCCAAAAGCUUCCCCCACUCGGCCGACGCUCUGACCCGCAGCAUUCACGAGGCUCUGAGGAGAAUCAAGGAGGCCUCUCCUGAGUCAGAGUCAGAGGAUGAAGGUCUUCCCUGCACUGACUGGGAAAACUAAUGCGGUUCAUCAAAGGAAUCUUUUAACCCCCCCACCUUUUUGUUUUUUUAACACAAAGAGUUUAAACAAAGUGAAACCAAGUUAAGCAGGCAAGCCAGGGUUAAGUCACCUGGAGAUUUCUUGGUGCAAUUUGAACAAAAACCCUCGAUUUUUCUUUUUUUAAUAUAUAUUAGAGGAUUUUUUCUUACUCAUGUACGCUGUUUGUAAAGAUGGACCACUAAUCUUUUUUUUUUUUUUUUAUGUCAUUGCUGUGGCUCUCUGGGCGAGGAUACAACCUCUGACCUCUCAUCACGUCCGAGUCGUACUGUAGCUUGCUGUGACGGGUUUGUUUGAGGACACGAAUUUUGCUCACAGUGAUGGUAAACCUUCAGUCUGAGCGUUUACAUUUUACUACACAACAAGCAUUUGUACUGUACAUCUUUUUAAAGGAAUAGUUGGACUGAGUACAUACGAGAGUGGUAUUAACAUUCAUAUUUACAAAAUCGCCAAACUUUGUCUUUGAGAUGAUGUUUUGUGUAAUCACCCACGCAGUUUAUCGGAAUCAAUUUGAACGUCUAGCAUCUGUUUUAGGGCUUUAGAACUGUGAAAGCACCUGAUUGCAGUACAAAGUGCCCCCAAAUACUCUGAGGGCUGUUAGAAAAUAAUCCAGUCAUCUUGCAAAUGUGUAAAAUCUCUGUUUACCUGCACCUCACACAGGAUGAGACAGCUCGACUGGUCAUCAAAGACAAACGCAAACUUGUAGAUUUGCUGCUUUUCAGCUCUAAAUAUGUGUGAGACUAACAGACCUGGGGCCAGAUUUACUCGAUGUGAUGCUACUAAUGCAAGAAUGUGCUGAUAAUGCUCAUAAUGUGCAAAUCUAACCACCAGUUCAACCAUUGCAGUCUCCUGAGGGCAGUGUAAACGAGUGGGUCAAAAACAUGCAGAGCGGACGAGGAAGCAAGUAAUCCAGCAAGUGUAGGUUUUCACUCUAAAACAGCAUGGUAAUACAAAUCAAGGACGAGCAGCUGAAGGAGAAUCUAUAUGUUUUGAGACAAAGGCGAACUCUUCUGUUAGAACUAGAUGAAGUCUGCGUGGGAUCUUGGAAUUUGGGACAGCUGUUCUUGGGAUAAUGGUUUCAGGCAGGACCAGAGUAAGGCCAACCCCAAACCAUCUGUCUGUUAGCGAAUUUACUGUAACUGUAAAUGUGCUCAUGACUCUGUUUCACUCCUGCAUGCUGCGUGAGGCUGCUCUUAUUCAGAAAAAAAGACUCAAAUAGGUUCAAUAAAAUGACAAAUUCAACUCAAAAAUGCCUGAACUUAAAAAGCGUAUUAGGGUCAUGGUGGUUCAUAUAUGUACACAGACUUGUGGUACAUUUUUUAGAAAAAAGUGUCAAAUGUACGAGGAAAAAAGAUGCAAAAAUUUACGAGAAUAAAACUCGGAAAAAGGAAUCUGUCGUUACACGUUUCCAGGUUAAGUUAGAAGAAAUUCAGAUAUGUGAACUCCUGGGACUAAUAAGCCAUACAGAUAUGUUAUUAGAACACCAAUAGUGCCUUUUUUCAAGCAUACCAAACCAACUCCAUGCAUUUAAAAGUCAACCUCUGACCUGUACAGACAGCACUGGAAUCAUAAAGUUCAACACUGACAAAAGAUGUUCAUAUCAACAGUAACUUUGUUCUCAUAUAUGUCACCAACAUGUAGAUUCUGGGUGGUCCAUUGCUGCAAAUUGUUAAAAAAUAAAAAUAAAAAAGCUUAUAAGGAAAUUAUAUUAAAGGUUCUCUUAACUGAAAGUCAUUUAGUAAUUUCCCUUGUAAAACUUGCCAAUUAUUGAUAACAAUAGAAGCACGUUUUUACAUAUGGUUUGAUUAACGGGAUACGUAUGUAUUAUACGUUUCGGCAUUACACUUUGCAGACGGUCCCAGUGUUGUUAGUCCAGGUCAGAACAUCACUUGCGUGUCUUUUUAUGAACAUGCUGGAAAAACGGUGUUGUUGUUGUUCUAAUGAGUUAUUGAUCCCAGAAGAUCAGCUGAACCUUGAAAAGUAAAAGCCACAAUUUUUCGAGUUUUUCUCUUAAAUGUGUCGCUUUUUUUCUUCUUUGCACUCUGAACUGAAAAAUCUGUCUAAUACAUAAACGAUAAAACCAGCCACAAAGAAAACCUGCCGGCGUCUUUUAGCUUGGUGCUGAUGUAGACCCGUAGCACAUCUGGCCCCUGGUGUUCCUUUCAUAGUCACACUGUAACACUGUAAUCAUCAGCACACAAAGAGCUGUGGUUUUACAUAACAAGCUUUAUCUGUUGUUGUGCAUCCUCCACUUCUUUUAUAAGGAUGCCGUUAACACCAGGUCAGUAUUUUGACAGAUGUAUACCUGUAUGACAUUUCUAUUUUAGCUCCAUUUGAAGUAUAAAUGAUUUCUUGAAUGUAGCUUUGGAUGUUUUCUGUGUUUGGCAGAGUUUACUGUCCACCUUACAGAUGGAAAUAUUGUUGGGACCAGAUUCCCUUUCAUUUAUUACUUUGAUCUUGAUUCAUCAUUGACAAAUAGCAGAACCAAAAAGCAAAAAAAAGUAGAUAUGAAUCACUAUAAUGGAGCUCGGCUCUUUAGAUACAGAUCCACAGAUUGUUAUCGGUCUAGAAUUUCACAUUCUCUAAAAUAAGAGUUUGACUGACAUUUCUUUCCUGUUUAUUUCUGCUUUUGUGCUAGCAAACAAAUUCAUCUUAAUUUUAAAAUAUAACUGCCUUUUAAUCUCUUUAUCGUGUUAUUUUUUUAAAGAAUUCAACAGUGCAAAAUUGAUCUGGCAAAAAGAAAAUAUUGACUAAUAUCGGUAAAAUCGUUGGUUUUUUUGUUUGUUUUUUUGGGGGGUAGCGUCAGUCAAGAGGAGCCGAUAUCAGCUGGUAGUGUAAUGAUAUUUGGCCGAUAUGUUGAAAUUUUAGAAUUUUAUUUGGGUUUUUUUGUUUGUUUGUUUUUUGUUUUGUUUCUUUUUUCUGUUUCAUUUAGCAUGUGAUAGUUAGCUGCACAAUAGCUAACCGUAACCUGGAUAUUUGACACAUUUGAAGACAUUGCUUUUGGCUUUAGGAAACGGUGAUGGGUGUUCUUCCUUCUUGUCUUUAUUUUUUACUAUUAUCUCCACACAAUGAAAAUAACCAGCAUAUUAUUUUGUAAUAAUUCAGAUGCUUUACACGGUGUGGCAGGGAUUCAUAGAGGAGCUUUAGGAGAAUGUGUGACGUUUCUAUUUAUUGUGCUGCGCUCAUGUGUUGUUUUUACUGUCAGUUUCCUCACCUGAGAGAUGCUGUCUUUCCACUGCCUUCUUUUAUGAAAGAUGUUUUCCGAGCUUGCUUCCUUACCUUACUUACUGGAGUUGUUGAUUGUGUUGAUGUGUGUGUGUGUGU